AAAUAUUUAUUAUUAUCCCAUUCUUAAAUUUCUUCUACUCUACCACUCCUGCAUGGCGAUUUGGGCUUUCUUUCGCAAAAAUUAGAAUUCCGUACUUCUAAUCGAUCGAUCAUCAACUCCUUUAUACAAGAAGAUGUGAUCUCACACUGUUUAUCGCGGUUCCGGCAGGCAUGAAGCGGACUUUGGAUCGAACCAAAGUGGUUCUCCGCCACUUGCCACCGUCCAUUACGGAGACCAUGCUCAUGGAACAAGUCGAUAGUGCCUUUGCUGGCCGUUACAACUGGUUUUCCUUCCGUCCAGGAAAGAACCGUCAGAAGCAUCAGUCUUGUUCCAGACUGUACAUAGACUUCAAGAGCCCUGAGGAUGUCUUGGAGUUUGCAGAGUUCUUUAAUGGUCAUGUGUUUGUUAAUGAGAAAGGGGCACAGUUUAAAACUAUUGUUGAGUAUGCACCUUCCCAAGGCGUUCCCACGCUCUGGGCUAAAAAUGAUGAUUGUGAAGGGACUAUAUUCAAAGAUCCUGAGUAUUUGGAGUUCCUUGAAUUUCUUGCGAAGCCAGUCGAGAAUCUUCCUAGUGCAGAGAUACAAUUAGAGAGGAGGGAGGCUGAAAGAGUUGGUGCACUGAAGGAUUCUUCCAUAGUUACACCUUUAAUGGAUUUUGUUAGACGGAAAAGAGCUGCUAAGGUUGGAUCACGGAAGUCACUGUCUAAUGGGAAACUUAGCAGAAGAGCUGGUGGACAAUCUGGUGGGAUUCCAAGUUCAGCAUCAUCAAAAAGAGGUUCUGAAAAGAGGCGGGGUUCUACUACAAUGUAUGUUCUAAGGGAUAGCUUGAAAAAUGCAAGUGGCAAAGACAAAUCAACAUACAUUCUGGUUUCUAGAAGAGAUGAGCAGCAACUUUCCAAUAAGCCUGUUAUUUUGGCAUCAUCUGUGGGAACUGAAGUAUCUGAAGAGGAAAGCGGAGCUACUAGAAUUACUGAUGCCGAUAAAAAUAAAGUUCUGCUUCUGAAAGGGAAAGGGAAAGAGAAAGAAAUUUCUCAUGUGGCUGGAAGUAUAUUGCAUCAACAGAAUUUUACAUCUCCAAUUAAAACAAUACUUCGUUCAACUCCUACCAAACUGAACUCACGACGCGAAAACAGAAUAAUUAGAGGCAUACUGUUAAACAAGGAUUCUCGUCAAAGUCAGUGUCCCGGCUUCCAGUCAGAGCAGCAUAUUGAGACCUCAAAUUUGAAAAAAGAGAGACGACCUCCUUGGCAUCCACAAGCAAAUUUAGGUUUGAAGGAUGCAUGCAAUGCUUCAGAUGGUAACGUUGCUGGGAAUCACUUGCAUGGUGCUAAGAAGCUAGAAAGACGUAGCAGAAACAAAGAUAGAACAGAUCAUGGUGUUUGGACCCUUCGCCAUUCUGAUGGAUCAUGUGCUAGUGAUGAGUCCUUGCCAUCAUCUGCUUCUCAAUCUGCGCAGAUACUUAUAGAUUCUUCAGAAGGAGCUUGUGGCGAUACUAAAGUUGAUUUCUCAAGUGUUGGGAGCUGCAAAGGUAAAACUUUUGCAAGUGAACAUAAUGGAUCCAGUAAGCACAUCAGCCGUCGUGUAGCAGUUGCCAAUGGAUCAUCUGCUGUGAAUGAUGGGAAACCAGGGAAAAGAGCCAAUGUGUAUGGUUCUCAUGAGAAACAAGUAUGGGUACAGAAAUCUAGUUCUGGUUCUUAGUGAAUUUUAAAAUGAAAAUUGCUUAGUCAGUUGAAUUUCAACAUCCGAGUGUGCGCUUGCUUUUGCCGGAGACAGUCUUAAUUUCUGGUGUAAUCAAUGUUUUGGCCAUAAAGCGAAGUAGAGAAAGGCUGGUUCAGUUGAAGAGGUUGCAGAUACUAUUUUAACUUAAUACUUGGUUGAUGAAAAUCUCAAUGUUAAUAAUACUUGAUGGAUUGAAGAAACCUUGAUCUUGGUCAAAGAUGGCACAGCAUAUAAGGAACAAGAAACAUAGAGAAAUAAAAGGCUAUUAUCGUCACAGCUUCCUGGUGUGGUUGAAUAUUCAUAAUCCUCUGAUUCGUGCCAUUGGGGUUGAUUUCUUGCUUUAGCUUAGCUGGAGCUGUAAAUAUCAAUCUAGAGAAUUUGUCUUUUGUCUAGAUUAUAGUCAUUAUAAUUAUAAAGCCUCUUGUGGUGCUGUCUCCCAUAUACGUCUAUUUUUAAGACUAUAAAUAGAGUUGGCACUUGUCUCCCUAGUAUUUAAGCGAAGGGGAACAUUUACCCACUGUUUUAGGGAAUUGCAGUGAUUUAGACAAGUAAAUUAAUUUACUUGCUUACCCAGCUAGAUGAUUUCUAUUUGGAGCUAAAAA